AUGUACUCUGGCUUUUCUUUUAGCUCUUCUUCAAAUGGGACUGUGGGCUUGAGCUUUUGGGAAGAAGAGCUGAGACAGGGAUAUCGCAGAUCUCGCUUGGACCAUCUUCAGGUCCAGCAGCACGUACCAGGGUCGUGCGAGAAUCCUUCAGACUCCGUCGGACAAUACGUUCAACCCGAACAUGACGAGUAA